UCCUUACUCAGCUAAGUAAGCCUUUCUAAGUAAGCAGAACAAAAACUGUUACUAUUACAUAAAUAGUCUAUGACUAAAUAGAUUUCACAGUUAACUAAAAAAUAUAUAUUUAUAUACAAAUAGCCAUUUCCUGGUCUGAGUAUAUAUAGCUGAUGAAGGGUGGUUUUAUCAUUUCGACUUGUUAACUAUUAAUUCAGCAGUGUGCAUCUGAGAAGCGGAGCCACGCACCCCAGUAAUCAUGGCUGUGAGCUCGAAUGAAGAGGGUAACCUCAGCUGCUGUGUUUUUAACGGAGACCUGCUCUCCAGCGUUCUGCCUCCGCUUCUCAUUGUGGAGUUCGUGCUGGGGGUGGUGGGCAAUGGGAUUGCGCUGUGGAUUUUCUGUUUCCACUUCAAGCCCUGGAAAACCAGCACAGUCUUCCUGUUCAAUCUGGCCCUAGCCGAUUUCCUCCUGAACGUUAUCCUUCCGUUCCGGGCAGAUUACUACUUGAGGAACAAAGACUGGAUCUUCGGAGACGUGUUCUGCAGCAUCUCCCUAUUCAUGGUGGCCAUGAACAGAGCUGGAAGCAUCCUGUUUCUGACUGCCGUUGCCGUGGAUCGAUACUUCAAAGUGGUCCAUCCCCACCACCUUAUAAACACCAAGUCUGUCACGAAGGCUGUGUACACUGCAUGCGCUUUGUGGAUCCUUGCCAUAGCAUUGACUGUGUACCUCCUUACCAAAUCUCACCUGUUUCCUAACGGGAACUUGACACAGUGUGAUAGCUUCACUAUAUGCCUGUCUUCUACGUCUGAUGGUAGUUGGCACAAUGCUCUGUUUGUGCUCGAGUUUUGUGUUUCUCUGAGCAUUGUACUGUACUGUUCUUUCUCUAUAGCCUGGAAACUCAAAGUGAAUCUGCUAGACAAACAAGCCAGGAUAAGGAAAGCUGUGAAGCUUGUAACAGUGGUGGUGGUCAUGUUUGUUGUCUGUUUUCUCCCUAGUAAUGUUACUAGAAUACUGAUCUGGAUCAAAAAUGGAAAACAUAUACAUGACUGUGCUGCUUAUGAAGCGCUGGACAGCGGAUUCUACAUAACCCUCAGUCUGACUUACCUGAACAGCAUGCUGGACCCACUUGUGUAUUACUUUUCCAGCCCGACAUUCAAAAAGUAUUACAUUGCUGUCGUGAGUCUCCGGCUGCACAAGAAAGAAGAUCCAUCGGCAGAGGGUACAUCAGACAGGUCGCUGCAGCAUGCAUAGCUUAGUUUAAGUAUAGCAUAUCGCACUUAAUUAAUUAAACAGCCCGC